AUGGAGGUGUGUGAGAGCGUGUACUAUUCAUGUACUCCCGUGUACUCCCCUAUACACUCUACUUUCCUCCCUCAUUUCCUGUCUGAGGACACAGGAGGCGGCUACGUACUCAGCAGAGAGGCACUGAAGCAGUUCAUCGAAGUGUCGUUACCAAACAAGAAGCUGUGUAAGGGAGAUACUAACACUGGUGCCGAGGACGCGGAACUGGGAAAGUGUUUGGACAACAUCGGAGUGGUUGCUGGUGAUUCCCGUGACAGCUAUGGACGGGGUCGCUUCUUCCCCUUCACACCAGUCACUCACCUUUUCGGGCUGGUGCCAGACUGGUAUCUCGACUACGUCUACUACAAACCAGACAUGGGACUUAACUGCUGUUCGGACUCUGCCGUGGCCUUCCACUACGUGGACAGCCACCUGAUGUACCAGCUGGAGUACCUCCUGUACCACCUGAGGCCCCACGGAGUCUAUCACAGACUGCCUGACCCAGCACCGCUACCACCAGACACUAAGAGUAUCCCCUUUCAGGCACUGAGGAAGGUGGCUGGCAGUGGAUGGGUAGCGGCUGCGACCGAGCGUCCACAGCAAGUCAACCACGAAGAACAAAAAUAUAUGAAUGCUGUCGAUUAAUAAAAACUUACAGUGA